UUAUGAUAAAAAGCACGGGUAGAUGAGCUCCGUUUAGGACAUAACCAUGUUAAGCGUGGUAUGUUUGUAUAAUGGACUCAACCGCGGGGUCUCCUACUAACCCUGUCUAGAAAAAUAUUGUAAAGUUAGAAACUCAAUAUGCCUCCUAAAAAUAGUGGAGCUAGCAAAAAAACUGUAGAAAAAGUUAAGCAAAAGAUCGUAGAGGAUAAAACAUUUGGCCUUAAAAACAAAAAGGGAAAAAAACAACAAGAAUAUAUCAAACAUGUUGCAAAACAAGUAACUGGUGACAAGAAAGCAUCAGAGAGAGGCGGGGAACAAGCAAACAAAUUGACUAAAAAAGAACUGGAAAAGAAGAAGCUAGAUGAGUUAAAUGAACUAUUUAAGCCAGUGCAAGAAGUUCAAAAAGUUGCAUUUGGUGUUGAUCCAAAGUCAGUAGUGUGUAUGUAUUUUAAACAAGGUACAUGUCAAAAAGGAAAUAAAUGUAAGUUUUCUCAUGAUCUUACCUUGGAAAGAAGAUCUGAAAAAAGAAGUUUAUAUGAAGAUAUACGAACAGAAGAAAAUAAAGAAGAAACAAUGAAUGACUGGGAUCAAAAAACUCUUGAGGAUGUUGUAACAAAAAAACAUGGAGGAUCAAAUGCUAUUAAAACUGAAAUUGUAUGCAAAUAUUUUUUGGAUGCAAUUGAUAAAAACCAAUAUGGAUGGUUUUGGAACUGUCCAAAUGGUGAUAAAUGUAUUUAUCGACAUGCACUACCUCCUGGUUUUGUUUUAAACAAAGAUAAAAAAAAUGAAGAGGAGGAAAAAAACAAGAUUUCACUGGAAGAGCUGAUUGAAAAUGAGAGAAAUGCACUAACUGGAAAUUUAACACCUGUAACAUAUGAAUCAUUUAUGGCAUGGAAAAAACAAAGGAUAGCUGAUAAAAAAGAUAAAUAUGAAUCUGAUAUGAAAAAGAAAAAAGAAGAAUUUAAAUCUGGAAAAGGAAUUGUUAAAGUUAGUGGUAAAGAAGUUUUUAUGUUUAAACCUGAGCUUGCUGAUGCCGAUGAUGAAGAAGCAGAUGACAAUAUUUACCAAAGAGAACAAGAUCCACUAGAAGAAGAUGUGAAAGUACAAGAUAUUGACUUGGAAUCAUUUGCAUCAUCAGUGAAAUCAAGCAUAGAUGAUUCUAUUGCUACGCGUGUAUCUACUCUAUCUGUAAAAGAUCGUGAGUCUGUCGGCCAACCUUCUACAUUAAAUGGUUGUGAGUCUGUCGGCCAACCUUCUACAAUAAAUGGGGCUGUUACAAAAACAACUGACGAUAAUACCCUCGAUCCUUCAAGCGACCUAAUAACCUCUAACGAUGUUGUAAUAGACGGAAUUCCCGUUGAUGAAAGUCUUUUUGAAGAUAUAGACGAUUUAGAUAUAGGAGAUGAUGAUGUUGCUGAUUAAAAUAUUUUUCCUGAA